CUCUCUCUCUCUGCAGUUUCAUUGCUUAAUCAUCUCCAAUGGAGUUGGGUAGUAUCGUGGAGUUUCUUGAGAACAAGAGCAUCUUAGUCACUGGUGCAACCGGCUUUCUAGCAAAGAUUUUUGUGGAGAAGAUACUCAGGAUUCAACCAAACGUGAAGAAGCUUUUUCUUCUUCUAAGAGCAGCAGAUACCAAGUCAGCCACCCAACGCCUGCAUAACGAGGUGUUAGGGAAGGAGUUGUUUAGAGUUCUAAGGGACAAAUGGGGUUCAAAUUUAAACUCCUUUAUAUCAGAAAAGGUGACUCCCAUCCCUGGUGAUAUCUCUUGUGAGAAUUUGGGAGUGACAAACCUUAAUUUGAGGGAAGAGAUUUGGAGAGAAGUUGACGUUGUCCUUAAUUUAGCUGCAACAACCAAGUUUGAUGAAAGAUAUGAUGUUGCACUAGGUAUCAAUACAUUGGGAGCUAGUCAUGUUUUGAACUUUUCAAAGAAGUGUGUUAAAUUAAAGAUGCUUCUUCAUGUAUCCACGGCUUAUGUCUCAGGCGAAAGAGAGGGACUCAUACUAGAGAGCCCAUUGAAGAUGGGCAAGGCUCUCAAUGGGGCCUCAGGAUUAGACGUUGAUAAGGAAAAGAAACUUGUGGAGGAAGGACUCAAUGAACUCAAUGAACUUCAAGCUACAGAAGAAACAAUAUCUUUAACCAUGAAAGAAUUGGGCAUGAAAAGGGCAUUGAUGUAUGGAUGGCCAAAUACUUAUGUUUUCACAAAGGCAAUGGGGGAGAUGCUGUUAGGGCAGUUCAAGGAGAAUCUGCCUCUGGUCAUCCUUCGCCCCACCAUCAUAACCAGUACUUACAUGGAACCCUUUUCUGGCUGGAUUGAAGGAAUCAGAACAAUUGAUAGUGUAUUAGCUACUUAUUGCAAAGGAAAAUUGACAUGCUUCCUUGCUGAUCCAGAGUGUAUCCUGGAUGCGAUUCCAGGUGACAUGGUGGUGAAUUGUAUGAUUGUGGCAAUGGUGGCUCAUGCAAAUCAACCUUGUGAGAUGAUUUACCAAGUAGGGUCUUCGUUGAAAAAUCCUUUAAAAUUAGUAGAUCUUCAUGAUUUCUUCUUCAAGUAUUUCCAUGAGAAUCCAUGGAUCAAUAAGGAUGGAAAAGCUGUCAAAGUUAGAAAGUCUAUACUGUUCAGCACCACGUUUGUCUUCCAUGGAUACCUAGCUGUUCGCUACAUGCUACCUUUGAAGGUACUACAAUUUUUAAAUUUUUUACUUUGUCAAAUUCUCCGUGGCAUGUGUAAUGAUCACAAUCGAAAGAUCAAGAUGUUGAUGUGCUUGGUAGAGCUUUACAAACCCUACUUGUUCUUUAAGGGCAUCUUUGAUGACUUGAACACAGACAAGUUGCGACUGGCAGCAACAGAGAGCAGCUCAAAGGCUGAUUUGUUUUACUUUGAUCCCAAGUGCAUUGACUGGGAAGACUACUUCAUCAACAUUCACAUUCCUGGCGUCCUAAAGUAUGUGCUGAAAUGAUAAAACUCGAGGACUAGCCAGUAUUAAUUAAUUUCAAAGCAUUCGUAUUGUAGACCUUCUGUUGCAAAACAUGGAAAAUAAAGACAUUUUCUUCCGUUUGCUUCACUUGUAUUCCAAAACUAAGACAUAAAGCAUAUAUUAGAUAUUGUUUCUUUAA